UAUCACAACAUUUUGCAGUGCAUAUGGAAUGAAAUGACAAAAGCUACUCCCAAGAACUGAAUCCAAGAAAUGGCAGAAGAAUAGCGUGUUUGCACCUGUAAUAGAAUGCCACUGAAGGGACGUGUCGUACAGCCUGUCAGAAUAUGUCAGAUAAACCACAUUACUGGACCUGCCGUGGAGUUGUCCUCCUCCCAGAACACCCACAACUUUGAGGAGACCACUUACAUCUCCUUUGUUGGUGUAAUGAAGCAGCUCUGUGACAUAGCGGCUUUUGCAGAUGAGAUGUUCACUAAUUUACAUACUAUCGCUAAAGACACGGUCGAUAGAACAAAUAAAUUGCACAACAAAGUGAAACUUUUGAACGAGUGUUUAGUAAAAAAUACUGAGAUAGAAAUAUCUGAGCCAGCAAAUGGUCCAGGGUUAGUGAACAAGAAGCAGUCUCUAUUCUACAAGGACACCAGGCCUAGUGCUAUAAAGGAGAAGUAUGAAGCAAUGGAGAAAACCCCGCCUCUGCACCAGUUUCUGGACCUGAUGAGUGUAGAUGAUGUCCAGGCCUCACAACCACAUAAACUCUACUCUGAUCCCUCUCUCUUCUUCACUGCCUGGGUAGAUCUAAUGGAGAAGGAGAAUCACCAGUUCAAGAAAUCAAGGAAACGUUCCUUCAAGAAGACAGACAAAGAUGCCCAACUCACCAAGAUAGCCACCCUCAAGAAGAAAGUGCACGACCCUAAAACUAAGAGGUACAUAAUGGUGGACUUGGAGCCGCAGUACGCCACACUGAAGGGCGCGCGAGCCAUCACCCCGGAGAUGCCAGUGUCGGCUACUUUGAACAGGAAGAAAUAUGGGAAUCUACCGCUACCUCCUCUACCAACUGGAGAGAGUGUGAACACCACGCCUACAGACUCCUACUUGUCACCAGAGAGACAGACCAACGAGAACCACUACAGACAAUGCAGCACUCCCAUAGCUUCUCCUCCUGACACUCAGAUCCAGAUCACAUCUCCUGCUGAGAUAGAGAUAAGUGUGCCGAGUUUUACAACUAACAGUGACCAGACCAACACCUUCUCUCCACCUCGAGCCCCUCCUGCUCCCCCUGCUCCCCCAAGUAACCAUGGUCACGGUCCUCCAGCUCCCCCUGCUCCUAUGGCUCCUCCUGCUCCUAUGGCACCUCCUCCACCUAUGUUAAACCGACCUCUACCUUCCAGCCCACCUGCGGAGUCUCCAUCUAAACGAGCAAGUGUGCCGCCUCCCUUCAUGCCGCCACCAGUACCAGAGCUAGUUCUCAAACCAGCCAAACUGACGGAAGCACAGCGUGUCCUGCGCACUAAGGAGGUUGCAACGGCGCCCGGACGGAACACUCUCCUGGAGAUGAUUAGAUCUAGCAGCUUUAACUUGAAACCUGUGGAACUUCAGCAGACUAUGAAGCAGGGUAAGGGUAACGCUGAGCCCACGUAUGCGUCGUGGGGAGGCCGUGACGUAGCGUCCAUCUUACAGCGCAGGAAGUACCUGAUGGGAGUGGGAGACCACAGUGACUACAGUAGUGCCUCUGAUAGCGAGGAUGAAGGACAGUGGGACUAAUUUUGAGACUACAGUGACUACAGUAAUACUUCUGAUAAUGAGGAUAAAGGAGAGAGGGACUAAAUUUGUGACUACGGUCUAUUGUACAACGCAGGAAAUAUUUGAUGGGAGUGGGCGACCACAGUGGUAUCACGUGAUGCCCAUAUAAGGUAGUGGCGACUGUACUCUGUACUCUGUACUCUGCAAUGGUUUUGAUAGUGAGGGAAAUAAUUGUGGUCAGUUUAAAUUCGGGAAUGUAGUGGUGUUACCAUGGUAACGAAAGCUUGAGGGCAAUGACUAUGUAAUAAUGUAUAGCCUUUAAAUGAAAUUAUAACGAUAUAUAUUUAGAUUUUAACAUGAGAAUUUAUUAAGCAAAUUUAUAUUAAUACACGUCAAUUUGUAUAUGUUAAAUUUCUAUAAUAAAAUAUUUGAAUCACUUUUAUUGCACGUCAUCGUCAGUUGAAACUAGCUGUACUGCAGAUUAACCUGAAUCUUGUGGUCACAAAAACACGAUGUUAAAUACAUUUGUACACACAAUGCUGACAGCUUUUCAUCAGACUACUAUAUAUGUAACACUACUGCCACGUCAAGUAUAGGGAGGGCAUGAUUUAAUGGUACAUCUGGCUUCAUGCCAGGGAAUUAUAUUCGAGUGGACUGAGCACUUACGCGGGAAAGUAAUUAUAAAGUUUUUGUGGGAGAAACUUGUGCCUAGUUUUUUAAAAAGUCCGGGCUAGAGGCUUAAAUAGUUUACAUUUUUUCAAGUCAUUGAUUGACGCUAUUUAUCACACAGAUUGUGAAGAUUUAUUGUAGUUUUAAAAGAAAAAUUCUUAACAUUUUAUCUUUUUUAGAUCUAAAGUUUAAUUCAAAUUUCAAAUUGAUUGUACCCAUUGGAGUAAAAAUUAUAUCACUUCUUCAUGA